GAACAACUGAACGAUCGCCUAGUCUACGCUCUCUCCUCCUCCGCUGUCGUUGCUUUCUGCUGCCAAGGCUACUGUUCCUGAUGGAUCUGUCGCCUCUUUCUGCAGAGCAGCUCUCAGAAGUUAUCGAGUCUGCUUCUUCUUCAGAGCAGCUCUUCGACAACUUAUCUCAGUAUGAGAUGAAGGCCUGCUUUAUGUCGUCAGAUCCUCCUCGGAAUGAGGACUCUGAAGUGCUAAGCUUCUUUUAUACGUCGUUCUUCAUUGCUCAUCUUCUCACGGAUCAAAUCGAUGAAGCUCGUGCAUUGACGAAACGGAUGCCACAGUUCUUGCUACAACGCGAUUCCUCUCUACAGAACUGCCUUAAUCUAUUACGUGCUCUUUGGCAGCAUAAACAUGAACAGGUUUACAGUAUCCUCAGGGAACUUCCAUGGUCAGAGACUGUCAAACCUCUAGUGCAGCAAUAUGAGGUCUACUUCCAAAACAAGACCAUAAGUGAAGUCAGCAGGGCCUAUGGGGCUAUCAGACCUGCAGUAGCAGCAAGCUAUCUUGGAAUCGACCCGCUCGCCGCAGAACGAGGCGAUCCGGCCGUGAUAGAGAAGUUUACAUCAUGUGGAUGGACCUGGGAUGAACAGACUAAGUUGUUGCACCCGAAGCCGAUCGAUGCUCCACACGCAGCGGACAGUCAUUUACCCAAGGGUCUUAGUGAGAUUAUGGCGCUCAUCGGAGACCCUGAAAGCUGAGCAGGACUUGCAAGAUUGGAAUAUCACGCAGCUGGCACAAUAAUCUCUAGGUCAUAUUAAUUUACAGGAGU